AUGACUAGGUUUGCAAAUGCCUACUGGUCGCCUGAUUACAGGUCAGGCAUUGAGCUGCUUUCACAACAGCUGCUUGAUUCCUUAGACCAGCUUCAUGAGCUCAGAAAGUUCAUCUUCAAUUACAUGAACUAUCAUCACUCCAAUAGCGGUUAUAUGGCCAAACUAGCCAGGGAAAGUCUCCCGCUUGAUAGUUCUUUCCGUUCUGAAAGAAAUGAGAGACGUAUAAUAAGUGGUUCACAGAGAUCAACCUCAGAACUGAAGCCAAAAGAGAUCGAUGUGAGGCAUGUUUUCAAGGAGUUCGUUGAUCGAACGGCAUUGGAGCUGCAAAUGCAGCUCAAUUUGGCAUCAGAGAUCGAGUCAGAGGUGCUUGGAAAGAUCACCGGAUUCAUCAAACUACAUGAGCCUCAGAUCAAAACAACACUUGAUCGUUUCGAUGAACUCCUAGAUGACUAUGAUGAUUCACGACAAAAGAUGGAACGAACUAAGCGCAAAUACGACGAAUUGGUAAGACUAGGUGAACUCGAAGGUCACGACCACCGAAUUGAGCAUGAUCCCGAUGAGUCCUACGGCACACUUCCAGGAACCCCAGAAAGGCCAAAGCAUGUGUAUGAGUCGGAGGAGGAAGGUGAGAGAGAAGAUGGACCCCCUGAGUUGGAUCUAGCAUACCCUCUUCUACUUGGCGGAGGACUCAAAUUUGAGUCCAAAGAUAAAUUGCAAUCUUUCUUGGCGAAAGCCAUAGCCACCAUCACGACCGUCAAGCGCAAGAUUCCAUUCCCUGGGUACAGAAACGAGAUUUUCAGCAGUGACCAAUUGUGUAAUUACCUCAAGACACACAGACCGCAUGGGUUCAACCCAACCAGAUCAAGUCUAGAAAAACUAGGGCAGAGCUUGAUCGAUAGGAAGAUUAUUCUAGGGAGUGGCUUGUUCUCACAGAAGUUCAAGAGUGAGGGCAUGUGGUUUGAAUGGUCACAGGAGGCAGUGAAUACGGCAGAAUCCCGGGGUUACGUUUCAUCAUCUUCUUCCACCGUCACGCUGCCUACUUCCCAAGCCUUUUCUCAUCUAGGCCUAGAAGAAUCCUCUAGAAAAGUUAACGAGGUGGCGGGCUCAACCUCCAAACGCUUCAAUAUGAUGUUCAAAAAUGUCAAGUCUUCACUCAUGAAGCCAAAAUUUUCAGAAGAAGCUAUCAACGAGCUUGAAGAAGAAUACAACGAGGCAUACGAGGACGUCCAAAAAAUCAAACAUCUUCUCGAUAUGGAGAUUUUCAAUAAAUCACAGAUUUUUGAGAGGUUCGAAAUGGUGAGAAUUGAAGUGGUCUAUCAAAGUCUUACAAAACUUCUGGAGGUGCUUUACAGAAAUUCUUCUCAGGCCACCUCCUCACUCCACGACUUCACGUCGAAUUUUAUUGAGAACCUCAACAAACCAGUCAAUUACGAACGAGAUCUUCGUGAUCUUCUCCACAAUAAUAGCACUGGAAUUUACUUCCCUGCAAUCGUGCUGCCACACCAGGGCAAGGAGCAUUUCGAUCCCAGUCUACUCAACAUCAGCUUCCAAAAUAUCAAAUUCACCUUCAACUUAUACAAAGACAUACCGCUUCAAGUGAAGAGCUCUGAUGUGGAAAAGGACACUCUCUUGAGCACCCGCUCACUUCCACUACUUCUCAAGGGUUUAGUCGAGGCUACAUUCUCGGCCGAAAAAUCGGAAAUGCAAGACUUAUGGCUAGCACCGAUAGAUCACCAAGAGUACUGGCUGUUGAAGCACGAGGCUAUAGAUCUCAUUCAAAAGUUCGAACCAACUGAAGAUCUCAAUAUCCAAGAUGAAAAGGCCGUUGAGGUUGCUAUAGUACAGAAAGUCAUUGAACACCUUUCAAAGUCUAAAACGAAGCGGAUCUUGAACUUCUUGAAAAAUUGGCUCCUAGAGACCAGCGACUCUGUGAUUCCUUGCACAGUGUACGAUUCGUUACUCAACUCACAGAAGAAUUCCGAGGAAAACAUUGCAGAUGUUAUAAAAACCUUAUCAUCAAUCCCUAGGAGUAAUCUCUGCUCUUUGCUUUUCAUUCUAGAGAGCAUUUCAUUCAUUUUCGAACUCCAGACCAUUGAUGAAUACGGCCUGAGUGAUGAUAUAACUGAGUCGGAGAGGAAGGAUGAGGACCUAAUGCCACAAGUCGAAAAACUUAACUCUAUGGACAAAAUAGGGUCGGUGCCUUUCCUCCACCUUAUAUUCCGCCCCUCUGUUGUGAAGAACGCAGGUGGCUUCAAACCACCUCAGGAGGCCUACAAUGCCCUUCUACGCACCUUGCUCAAUGUCAACGUCAGGGAGAAGCUCUGCAUUGCCUUAAUAACCAACGAGAAGAACUUCUUGGAACGAACUAAACGGCAAGAGCAGAACCUUGGGAUCAAUAGGCGGAUUGUCUCAAGUGACACUACUACUACGCCCGAUGUUCCCAAAAUCGAGAAAGAUACCACUCAUCUGAAUAAGGCCAUUCAGGACUGGAACCACACCACGCCCGUCGCCUAUCAGCUCGCCCGUUCAUUCCAAGAAAGCAACUGA